AUGACGUCAAUAAUAAAAUUUUAUACCUUGUCGGGUGCGCACAAUGAAUCGCCACCAUGUUAUUUAUUACAAAUUGACGAGUUUAAGUUCUUGUUGGACUGUGGAUGGGAUGAACGCUUUAGCAUGGGUGUUGUGAAUAAAUUAAAAAGGUAUAUCCAUCAAAUAGAUGCAGUUUUAUUAUCGCACCCGGAUCGUUUUCAUCUUGGAAUUUUGCCGUAUCUCGUUGGCAAAUGCGGUUUAAACUGUCCUGUCUAUGCUACUAUACCUGUUUACCAAAUGGGUCAAAUGUUUAUGUAUGAUUUACAUCAAUCUUUGUGCAAUGCGGAAGAUUUUAAUUUAUUUAAUUUAGAUGAUGUGGAUGCUGCUUUCGAUAAAGUCAUACAAGUAAAAUAUAAUCAAAUUGUUUCAUUAAAAGGUAAAGGAAUUGGUUUAAGAAUAGUAGCAUUGCCUGCUGGCCAUAUGGUUGGCGGCACAAUUUGGAGAAUAUCUAAGGUUGGCGAAGAGGAUAUUGUUUAUGCUGUAGAUUUUAACCAUAAAAAAGAAAGACAUUUGAAUGGCAGUGACUUAGAAAGGCUGGGAAGACCAUCAUUACUAAUAUUGGAUUGUUUUAAUGCUGCUUAUUCACAACCCAGGCGUAGAUCUCGCGAUGAAGCUUUAAUGACUUGUAUAUUGACAACAUUACGUGUCAAAGGCAAUGUGUUGAUGGCGAUUGAUACAGCAGGACGUGUUUUAGAAUUGAUGCAUAUGCUGGACCAACUGUGGCGUAAUAAAGAAUCUGGUCUUGGUGUGUACUCAUUAGUAUUUUUAACAAAUGUGAGCUACAAUACUGUAGAAUUCGCAAAGUCUCAAAUUGAGUGGAUGAGUGAUAAAUUAAUGAAAAGUUUUGAAGGUGCAAGGAAUAAUCCAUUUUUUUUUAAGCAUGUAAAACUAUGUCAUAACAUGAAUGAUUUAAACAAAGUCUCCGAACCAAAAGUUGUAUUAGCUAGCAACGGAGAUCUUGAAAGUGGAUUUUCAAGAGAAGUUUUUAUUAUGUGGGCUUCAAACCCCAAAAACAGUAUUAUUCUUACAGACAGAACUGCUCCUGGUACAUUAGCUCGCGAUUUAAUUGAUGAAGGCGGUGAUAGAAAUAUUAAACUGAUUGUCAAGAAACGUGUACCUUUAGAUGAAAAUGAGUUGGAAGAAUAUAAUAUAAAACAUGACGAAGAAAAAAUGGAAGCCAGUAAAAUUGACCCAGUAAGUUCUGAUUCUGAAGACGAACAAGAAGUUAUGAGAGGAAAAUAUGACUUAUUAGUUGAUGCUGAUACAUCAAGCUCCAAAAAAUCUUCAAAAAAAGAAUUUCCUCCUAUGUUUCCUUAUUAUGAAGAAAAAUGCAAAUUUGACCCAUAUGGGGAAAUUAUAAAACAAGAAGAUUUUAUUAAAUUUGAUGUAGCACCGGGAGACAAACCAACCGUAGAUGAACAAAAUAAAAAAAGUGAUGAAGAUGAAGAAGAAGAAUUAUGUGACGUACCAUCAAAGUGUGUGGAGUAUGAACAAAACAUUUAUGUGGCAGCCAAAAUUGUACACAUUGAUUUUGAAGGCCGCUCAGACGGAGAAUCAAUAAAACAAAUUGUACUUGCAUUAAAACCUAGACGUUUGAUAUUAGUUAGAGGCAACCCAUACAGUACUAAGGUUGUUUACAACUUUGCCAAAGUAUUUAUAGAUGGUAAAGUUUUUACACCUAGAAUUGGACAGUGUUUGAAUGUAACAACUGAAUCUCAUAUAUACCAAGUACGUUUAACAGAUGCACUUCUUUCCAAAAUUGAUUUUAAAAAAGGACCAAAUGGUGAUUUAGCUUACAUGAAUGCCAAAUUAAAACUAAAUAGUCGUGAUACUGUUAUGGAAGUGGACAAUGCUGUAUCUGAAAAGAUGCCAAGAAUAGAUGAUCAAAUAUUUACACUUGAACCUUUGGCAGAACAUGAAAUUCAACCUCGCAAGACUGUGUUUAUUAACCGUUUAAAACUGUCAGAUUUUAAACAAAUUUUAUCCAAAAAUAAUAUACCUUGUGAGCUUUCUAAAGGUGUUUUAUGGUGCUGUAAUCGAACUGUAUGUGUUCGAAGAAAUUCUUCUGGAAAGGUUUUGAUGGAAGGAAUAAUUAGCCGUCAAUACUAUCAAAUACGUAGUUUAUUAUACAGCCAGUUUAUUAUCAUUUAA